UGUUGUUGGUUCGCUAUGGCGCGCACGAAGCAGACAGCGCGUAAGUCGACGGGCGGGAAGGCGCCCCGCAAGCAGCUGGCCACCAAGGCUGCCCGCAAGAGCGCGCCGGCCACGGGCGGCGUCAAGAAGCCGCACCGCUACCGGCCCGGCACGGUGGCGCUGCGCGAGAUCCGGCGCUACCAGAAGUCGACGGAGCUGCUGAUCCGCAAGCUGCCCUUCCAGCGCCUGGUGCGCGAGAUCGCGCAGGAUUUCAAGACGGACCUGCGCUUCCAGAGCUCGGCCGUCAUGGCGCUGCAGGAGGCCAGCGAGGCCUACCUGGUGGGGCUCUUCGAGGACACCAACCUGUGCGCCAUCCACGCCAAGCGCGUCACCAUCAUGCCCAAGGACAUCCAGCUGGCCCGCCGCAUCCGCGGCGAGCGAGCCUGAGGAGUUUCCGAUCUCAGUAUGUGUUUCUGUGUGAGUGAUAUGACUGAGGACAGGCUGGAGAAGAUGAC